AUGACGUCACAAACAGACAACAACGUCUCCAUGCGUCUUUGUCAUGAUAUCGAUAUAGCGCACUGCUCCAACGCUUCAGACGUGAUGGAAGAAAAAGAACCCAGUCUGGCGAGCCCGGAGGACAGUGGUCUGAUCAGUCCUGAGGUAGGUCGCAUCGUCGAGAUCACACUGGCCGUUUUCAUCAACGGCAGUCUCAGCUGCGUUGGCCUGGUCACCAACAUGAUAAAUAUGGUCGUGUUUGCCAAACACGGUUUCAGAGACAGUGUGACAAUCAGUCUCAUGGCUUUGGCCGUAGCGGAUUUGCUGGGGCUCGCAUGUAUGCUGAAUAUGUGUGUGUGCUUUGGUCUCAUGCAAUUUGCCACGUUCACGGUCAUAGAUCCGCUGGCCUUGGUGUACGUGGCAGGGUCAUGGCCACACGCCAUGUUUACCAGAAUGUCCACCUGGAUCACAGUGUAUAUUUGUGUGGAACGAUUUCUUUGCGUGUAUGUUCCUCUCAAGGUCAGAUCUUUUAUCACAGCAAAAAAGACGAGCGCGUACAUCUUGCUCAUUUCCGGUCUGAUGGUGGCUUGUUAUGCUAACAUCUAUGCCACUUUCGGAGUAGAGUGGAGGUUUGAUCCAAGGGUCAAUGCCACAAGACUGAUGCUUUGGGUGUCUUCAAACAGACGCGAAAUGGAAAAUAUAAGUGGUGUCAUGAACGGCUCUAUUUUACCAGCAGUGUCCCUGACUAUCAUCAUCAUCUGCACAUGUGCAAUGGUCUCUAGUCUGAACAGCUCAUCGUCCUGGAGGGAACAACAUGCCGGGUUGUCACAGACCAAACACUCCCAGACAGGUUCAUCACAGGACGCAGCGGCUUCUCAGAGGUCAGUAGCUGAUAGUGGGAAAAACAUGCCUGAGAGAAGGGUUGCGCGGAUGGUCAUAGUGAUUGCGUUAAUUUGUGUCAUGUGCACUGUCCCAGAACUGACCAUCAACAUAGUUCGUCGAUUCUUUCCAGACCUGGAUGCGAACCGACGUUACCGCUACACUAACGUGAUCAUGUACUAUGCCAAGUACACAAUUCAGAACGUGAAUGCUUCUGUCAAUAUAGCGAUCUACUACCGAAUGUCUUCACGUUACAGACAAACGCUCAGGAGCAUGCUCUGUCUUGACAGCAACUCCGUGAGUGAAAAAAAGGGGGUUGUGAAAGCCAUCAAACAGGAAAAAAUUGUAAGACAGUCUUAA